AUGCAGGUUUCUCAGUAUCUCCGUAGUAAGAACUGGGAUACAAGAGUGGCUGCGGCUCAUGCCGUUGGAGCUAUUGCUGAGAAUGUUAAGCAUACAUCUCUGACCGAACUCUGUACUUAUGUUAAGACAAAGAUGUCUGAAGCUGGGAUUUCUAGUGCUAUAGAGGAUGUGGUGGCAUGGCCUGACUGUCACCCUAAAGAUGUACUAGGCGAUUCAUUUAGAAGGUUAUUUCUUGCUCCUGGAAUUGGUUUUGUCUCAUUUUUAGGAGACAGUUAUUCUUUGUGA